AUGCAAACCCUCUCCAUUCUCACCAGCCUCUUGUUGGCCACCUCCUCCCUCGUCCUCGCCAAUCCCACCAGGCCCGUCUGCGGCACCUGCAACCCUCUGUCGGGCCAAAACAACUGCGACAUCACGACCUCGUGCAUCAACACGGGCACCCGCUUCCAUUGCGCUUGUCGCGCGGGUUACAAGGCGUCGAAGAACAACAAUGAUAUCACCAAACAGUUCCGGUUGAACGUGCCCAACUACCAGUUCCUGGUCUUCACACCAGAGUCAACUGAAUGCAAUACGCUCUGCGAUAAUCCGUACGGAGCGGGCCCGAAUCUGUGUGCCGAGGUGCCGAUUCAGAAUAGGUGCGAGGUUUAA